AUGUUCAAAAAAAAUCAUUUCUACAGUAGACAUCGGCCUAAUCACCAAGUUCCGUGCCACUAACAAGACGACACGCGUAUAAAGUAACGACUAAACCUCGUCACUGUAAAUUUAACACUUUAUGGCCACAUGUGACUUGUCUAACAUUUGCGGGAGCUAAGGGAGGCACGAAUUGGUUAUGACCCACAAAUAGCGCAUCACUUGUUCGACGUAAUGUCCCACUGGAAAUUUCAAUUUCAGAUGCUGAAAUAGUCUCCAAUUUAAACUAAAAAAUUCGUCAAUCGCGUAAACAAAGAAGGAAGCAAGAUAGAAGAAGAAAUAUGUGGAAGCGCGUGGCUGUACUUUCUCCAUUGAUUUCCUCUUCGAAAUCAGCUUUACUCACAGAGGGUACUUAUGGGAUAAAGAUCUGGAGAUCAAUUUCUUCUGAGAUAUUCAAACAGGAAGCAUAUGCACCUUCACCCAAAGAGAUAGCUCCAUUUAUAACUUUUGUCCUAGGUGGCCCUGGUAGUGGAAAAGGCACACAAUGUAUAAAGAUAGCAAACUCUUUCGGGUUCAAACAUCUGAGUGCCGGUGAUUUGUUGAGAAGGGAAAUACUUUCUAAUAGUGCUGAUGGUGAAAAGAUUCUGAACACAAUUAAAGAGGGCAGAAUUGUUCCUUCAGAAGUGACGGUCAAAUUGAUUAAAAAGGAGAUAGAGUCAAGUGACAAUAAUAAAAUCCUCAUUGAUGGUUUCCCUCGAAGUGAGGAGAACCGUAUAGCAUUUGAAAAAAUUACUGGAGCUGAACCAAACAUUGUGCUCUUUUUUGAUUGCCCGCAAGAAGAGAUGGUAAAACGAGUGCUAAACCGUAAUGAGGGCCGAAUUGAUGAUAAUUUAGACACAAUCAAGACGCGUCUUGAAGUAUUUUCAGCAUUAAAUCUUCCUGUUAUUGGCUACUAUUCCAAGAGAGGAAAACUGCAAACGAUCAAUGCAGUAGGAACAGUUGAUGAGAUUUUUGACCAAGUGCGCCCAAUUUUCGAACAUGUGAGGCAAUGAAAUGAAAGAUUGUUUUGAUCAAGGGUGAAAGCUCGUAAUAUCUGGUCUUUAUUCGGCAAUUGACAAUUAUACUCAAAGGGGAUUGAAUCAUUCUCAAUUUCAGGCGUCAAGAACUUUGGUGACUCAAUGCAUUUUUCAGCUCAUAUGAUGCAGUUUAUAUUCACUUCUAAUGAUUUAAGUUCAUGUAAAUAGGUUAAGGUGCAGUAAAGCCCUUGCUACCCAUUUGUUUACAGAAUCUGGGGUAGAAUAAAAUAAAAGUUCUUCAUAAACAAUAAGCUGUCAGAUUACCAUGUCAAUAAUAUUUCUUUAUAAAUGAUUAAAUUCAUUUAA